AUGCGACAUUAAAACUCAGAAUCUUCUUAGGUACACUCAGCUGAACUCACAUCUCUCAUCAGCAUGUCCUACAACUGCUGCUCUAGAAACUUCUCCUCCCGCUCCUUUGGGGGCUACCUGUACUACCCAGGCUCCUGCCCCAGCAGCCUGGUCUACAGCACUGCCCUCUGCUCUCCCAGCACCUGCCAACUGGGUUCCUCUCUCUACAGGGACUGUCAGAAGACCUGCUGGGAGCCCGCCAGCUGCCAGAAAUCCUGCUACCACCCCAGGACCUCCAUGCUCUGCUGUCCCUGCCAGACGACUUGCUCUGGAUCUCUAGGCUUUGGGUCCAGCAGCUGUCGCUCCCAGGGCUAUGGAUCUAGGAGCUGCUACUCGCUGGGAAAUGGAUCCAGUGGCUUCAGAUUCCUGAAAUAUGGAGGCUGUGGUUUUCCUUCCCUGAGUUACGGAUCCAGAUUCUGCUACCCAAACUACUUGGCUUCUGGAGCCUGGCAGUCUUCUUGUUACAGACCAAUCUGUGGAUCUCGCUUCUAUCAAUUCACCUGCUAAAUUUCUAGAUCCUUUUGAGUAUUGGGAUCAAAGUCUCUACUGAAUGCAGCCAUUAUUUUUAUUCUUGCCAGUUCCCAAUAUCCGUUUAUUCUUCCACCACCAGCUUCUUGCAUGACCAACUUCUGGCAGACUGC